GGCCCCUGCUGGUCUCAGUUGGCAGUAAUCUCUCGUCCAGGAGCCUCUUCCUCUCAGGGAUUUUAGGAUUUCUCACUCUGGAUGCUGUAGACCGGACUCGGGCUCGCUCUAACUUCCUCGUGUGUGUUUGCGGAGGCUGUGUGUGAGGACGCUGUACGUCUGGCAUCCAGACAUGGGCCCCUCGUUACGCUCUGGGAUUACUGUGUGCCUGGCCCUCGCCUUGGCUCAGGUGCUCACUGUGACCUGCCAGGACGAUACCAAGAAAGAUUCCUGCUCGGAGGACGGGAACCUCUACUCCAACAAUCAGAUAUGGUCCCCAGAGCCGUGUCGGGUCUGUGUGUGCGACACGGGGACGGUGGUCUGUGAGGACGUGGUGUGCGAGGACGUAGGUGACUGCCACACCACAGGGAUCCCGCAGGGCGAGUGCUGCCCCGUGUGCCUGGCUGCAGGCUCUGACACCUGCACAGAAAAUGGAAAAGUCUACGCCAACAACGACAUGUGGAACCCGGAGCCGUGUCGGAUCUGCGUGUGCGACAUGGGGAACGCCGUGUGCGAGGACGUGGUGUGCGAGGACCUCGGGCCCUGUGAGAAAACGGUGACCCCGGACGGCGAGUGCUGCCCCGUGUGUUUGUCUGCGGCCUCGACGUCGACUCCCAGCGCCGAACCCUCAGCAGUUGAGUCUCAAGGAGAAAGCUGCACCGUCGAGGGAGAAGUCCACCAACACAACGACAUCUGGAAACCGGAGCCGUGUCGCGUGUGCGUCUGUGACGCCGGCGUCGCCGUGUGCGAUGAGGUGAAGUGCGAAACUGUGUCCAACUGUCAGAAGGUCGUGACCCCCGAGGGACAGUGCUGCCCCGUGUGCGAGAACUUCGCCAGCGCGAGCAGGAUGAUCGAAAUCAUGGGCUUCAAGGGACAGAAAGGUGAACCUGGUGAUAUUCCAUAUGUGGUCGGUCUGCCUGGACACGUGGGACCAUCGGGUCCUCCUGGAGGUCAGGGCAACACUGGACCAAGAGGCUUUAAAGGCAGACGGGGCUUCGCGGGGCCUCCAGGUAUUGACGGAGAGCCCGGCAUUCCAGGAAAUCCAGGACAAUCAGGACCCCCGGGCCAAAUCGCUCCCCCUGGGGGAGCCCUGGCGUCUCAGAUGGCCUUAGGGUUCGGUGAGAAGUCUAGUGUGGCUGGGAUGGUGACAGGAACGAGGGGUGAAGCAGGACCACGAGGACCUCCAGGAUCCAACGGAGCACAAGGGCCGAGUGGCGGUCAGGGAAUCCCAGGAGACGCUGGAGAUCCAGGACAGAUGGGUGAGUCGGGUCGUCGAGGACCAGACGGGCCUUCAGGAAAAGCCGGACCUGACGGACAACCCGGAGCAGCCGGUGCUCCAGGAGAACCAGGAUAUCUAGGAUCUGGGGGUGCACGAGGAUUCCCAGGACUCCCAGGGCUCCCAGGACUGAAAGGUCCCCUGGGAAACUCGGGUCUUCUCGGGUCGAGAGGUGAGACCGGAACAGUUGGAACGAAGGGUUCGUCUGGUACUUCUGGUACGAUGGGAGCUUCUGGUCCACUGGGGCCAGCAGGUCUGCAGGGAGAGCGAGGCCGAGCCGGCCCAACUGGACCUGUGGGGAAACGUGGGACGUCCGGACAUGUCGGCAAACCAGGUCCUCUGGGUCCACUGGGAAUCACCGGUGUGCCAGGAUUUCCCGGGAGCCCAGGAAUGAAGGGGGAAGCGGGACCGACCGGAGUGAGAGGGAGUCCAGGACAGCAGGGAUCCAGAGGGGACGCCGGACAUGUCGGACCCCAGGGACAAACAGGACUACAGGGAGCAGAAGGAGCUGAUGGAGCUCCAGGUGCUCGAGGUCAAGCUGGUCUGGGAGGCGUUCAGGGUCCGGCGGGUUUGGCGGGGCCACCCGGUGCCCCUGGCUCCCAGGGGACGACAGGAGGAGACGGACCCAAGGGCCAAUUGGGUGACGUCGGAGUGGCUGGAUUUAAAGGAGAAGCUGGAUUCAAGGGAGAAAGAGGCGACCACGGUGUUCAGGGACCAUUUGGCCCGAUGGGAGAGGACGGCAAGCGCGGCCCCCGAGGAGACGGAGGAUCCCUCGGACUUCCAGGACCUCAAGGAGAGAUGGGAGUUCCAGGAAACAGAGGUUUCCCCGGUGGUGAUGGUUUACCAGGCCCAAAGGGAGGUCCGGGUGAGAGAGGGCUGUCUGGAUCAGGUGGUCCCAAAGGGUUAGAAGGAGACUUGGGACGCGGUGGAGAGCCGGGUCUAACAGGAGCUCGGGGUCUGACCGGACUCAUCGGUGCUCAGGGGGCUGAGGGAAAACAAGGACCCAUGGGCUCAGCAGGAGACGACGGCAAACAAGGCCCAGCUGGUUCCACUGGAAACAGAGGAGCUGCAGGAGCGAUGGGGCUGCCGGGCCCAAAGGGCUUCGCUGGUGAUGCUGGAAAGAUCGGAGAGGCAGGAAGUGCAGGACCUCCGGGUCAAAGGGGACUGAAUGGAAAAGAGGGAGAAGAGGGCGCUGCUGGACCAGCAGGACCAGCUGGUUCUGCAGGAAAACGAGGAGAGCAGGGACCUCAGGGACUCCACGGUUUCCAGGGUUUGCCCGGACUGCCAGGCACACCCGGAGAGUCAGGAAAACCCGGUGCUGAGGGCCUUGCUGGAGAGGCUGGGACUGCCGGAGGUACUGGUUCACGGGGAGAAAGAGGCGCCCCCGGAGAAAGAGGUGAAAUCGGCCCCAAUGGGGUGUUGGGACCCAAAGGUAGUCCAGGUGGACCAGGACCAGAUGGGCCAAAGGGAAGCUCUGGUCCAGCGGGUGGUGUUGGGGAACCAGGGGGUCCAGGACUUCAGGGGAUGCCAGGAGAGAGAGGCAUACCCGGACCUUCAGGCCCGAAAGGAGAUGGUGGUUCUGUUGGAGACAAAGGUCUGGAGGGUAAAGCCGGAUCUGAUGGUGCACGGGGACUUCCUGGUUCUGUUGGACCUGUCGGCUCCAGUGGACCCAACGGAGACAAGGGUGAACCCGGCUCCGCAGGACCUACAGGACGCAGAGGAACCAGGGGAAUCGCCGGUUCUACUGGUGACUCUGGUCCCACUGGUGCUGUUGGAUUUCCUGGAACUUCUGGUGUGGAUGGUCAGCCCGGGGUCAAAGGUGAAACCGGUGAGCAAGGCCUGAAGGGAGAAGUGGGACCAUUCGGACCUCAGGGGACGGCCGGGAAACCAGGAGCACAGGGACCUGUUGGUGUAACUGGACUGAAAGGAGGCAGAGGAACACAGGGUCAAACAGGCUCUCCUGGUUUUCCCGGUUUGCCCGGAGGAGUUGGACCAGCUGGUUCUCUUGGAGCUGUGGGGGCAGAUGGGCCCUUAGGUGCUCCAGGAAAGCAAGGCCCUGGUGGUCUUCAGGGAGAGAACGGAGCCGGAGGACGUCAGGGGGAGUCAGGACCCUCGGGCCCCUCGGGCGGCCCUGGAGAGAAGGGAGACUCUGGAGAGGACGGUCCUUCGGGGCCUGACGGACCUCCAGGACCUGCAGGAGCCACAGGACAGCGAGGCAUCGUGGGUCAGCCUGGACUCAGAGGAGAGGCAGGCAUGCUGGGACUUCCAGGUCCUGCUGGUCCACCAGGAAAAUCUGGAACCCCUGGAACACAGGGCGGCAAAGGGCCCGCUGGUGGAGUUGGUUUACCAGGAGCCACCGGACCGAGAGGAGACGCCGGCCCAGAGGGUAUUGCCGGAGUAGAGGGGUCCCCUGGUAAAGACGGUCUUCUAGGAGACAGGGGAGACAGAGGAAAUCCUGGUCCAGAGGGUCUGGCUGGUGUCACCGGGUCUCCUGGAACCGAGGGCCCGGUGGGAUUUACCGGCAGCCCGGGACAAGUUGGUGAAACUGGCGCCAGAGGCUCCGCUGGACCCCAAGGACAACCCGGAGUACGGGGGAAAGUGGGCCCUCAAGGACCACAAGGAGAGAAGGGGGCCAUUGGAGAGCAGGGAGAGCAGGGUCAGAAAGGACACAGAGGUUUCACCGGUCUCCACGGCCUCCCGGGAAUAACUGGGGCCACAGGAGAGACAGGACUUACAGGUAUUGUUGGACCAGCUGGACAUAGGGGCCCUCCAGGAGUGUUGGGUCCCGCAGGAAACGAAGGAAACAUCGGUCAGCCCGGACCAAUGGGAGCUCCCGGGAGCAGAGGAUCCAGUGGAGACAUCGGAGCUCAGGGUCCACCUGGUGAUGAAGGACCUUCCGGCCCUCCUGGCCCCCCAGGGCCUCCCUCUGCGCUGAUGGAAGACUUCAUGGUCGCCCCGAUGGAUUACUACGGGAACGACGACACUCCACAUGCUAUGGAAUUCUUCGAGGCAGAUGAUCCACCCCCGGAGUUGAAAGAUGAAGCCCUUCCCAAUAAGAACGCAGCCGCCCUACGCGCAGACACCGGCGUCCACGCCACCCUGAAGACCCUCAGCGGACAUCUGCAGAACCUGCGCAUUCCUGACGGCAGCAAGAUGAACCCAGCGAAAACCUGCCAGGACAUUAAGCUGUGCUACCCCCAGAAGAAGAGCGGUGAGUACUGGAUUGAUCCAAACCAGGGCAGCACCAAAGACGCCAUCAGGGUCUUCUGUAAUAUGGAGAACGGUGAAACCUGCAUCUCCGCCAAUCCGGAAAACAUUCCCCGCAAAGCCUGGUGGACGAAAUCCAGUCCCAGCGCCAACAAACCCGUGUGGUUCGAAGCCACCAUGAACGGUGGAAUCAGAUUCGCCUACGGAAACAAGGAGGAGCUGCCCAAUGCAGUGGCUGUUCAAAUGAAGCUGCUGCAGCUGCUGUCCUCGGCGUCGCACCAGAACGUCACCUACCACUGCAGGAACAGCGUGGCUUAUAAAGACGCCCAGAGCAGCAACCUGAAGAAAGCUCUGGUCCUCAAAGGCUCCAACGGCCAGGAGCUGAGAGCGCAGGGCAACAACCGCCUCCGCUACACCGUCAUCGAGGACGGCUGCUCGGAAUCAAAUGGAAACUGGGGCAAGACAGUGAUCGAGUACAGGACUCAAACCUCGGCCAGGCUGCCCAUCAUGGACUUGGCCCCCAUGGACGUCGGAAAGCCGGAUCAGGAGUUCGGCCUGGACAUUGGCCCCGUGUGCUUCUCAUAAAUCCCCAGCACAACGUGCCACUAUACAUGGACUCCUCUCCCUGUGAGCGCAACGCUUCUUCACACAUGGCGGCAUUUCCCUCAAGUCCAGUGUGUUUUACUGUGUGUGCAGACGAGAGCUGUGCAACUGACUCUGACAUAAUUUAUUCACCUCGUCGGUAAAUGUACAAUCUGGUGCUCUGCAGGGAAAUGCAUGAGGGCGGAGAGAAAGAAAUGUCUGAGGUGUGAAAUGAAAGGAGGAAGAAAGGAGGUGGGGUUAAGAUUGACUGUAAACUUGUAUAAACUGAAAAAACAGGCAAUAUUAAAUCUUUAAUGUCUCUAUCAGGAGGACGAGAAUGGAAAAAUGUUCUUAUUUUUUACUUGUGAUGUUUCCUUCCAGUAAAUACACGUCCAGAUGUGUGGAGAGAAGAGUUUAAAAGCCAACAACUGUAAUUUUAAUGGAAUAAAAAGUGAAAAUCAAGCUUGAACCUAAA